UGAUUGUAAACUGUAAUCAAAUUCAAAAUUAAUGUCAAAUGUUUACAAUAAUUGAACGGUUAAUGUAUAGCACAUGUUUGUCAUGCAAUACCAUUGAUGUCAACGCAUGCGCUCACAGACUAUGACAACACAUGUAAUGUUGGAAUCAAUGAGUGAAUGCUUUAUUGGAAUCCAAUUAUAAUAUCAAUUGGUUUUGACUUUUGAUUGCAUUCAUUGAUUGAUUGAUUGAUUGUUUCGUUUGAUUGACUCAUUUGAAUACUUAGUGACCAACACUUUGGCUGUUAUUUCGGCGAUUUGUGUCUCACAUGUCAACUGACUGUCGCCACCAAUAUGUUGAUCCAACCGACGGCCACAACCGGAGACAUACUCAAGAAUUUGCCGGUUUUUAUACUGAGCUCAUCAUUGAAUGACAGACAAACCAUUUUUAAGAGUUUGAUCCAAUUGGUCAAUGACAAGGACAUCGAAGAGACAACAAUUCGCGGAUUGUUUAAAGUGAUAAUUAAGACACAUAUUAGAUAUAAUGACUUGAAAUCAAUAGCAAUAGUCAACCAAUUUGUGGCACAUUUGUUGAAGAAAUAUCCGGCGAUUGGCUCCAAAAAUCUGGUGCUAUGUCUUCACGGUUACUGUCAACCACUCAAACAAUUGAAUUCAACGAAAUCUAUAUCAAGAGUUUAUUUGUCAGCACUUAAGUUGAGUGCUUGUAUUGAUUGGAACCAAUGCGGUGAUGACAAUGACGUGAAGUCGAAACUCAUUGAAUGUCAAGCGAUUCUGUGUACUCUUGUGACAAAUGUUGACUCGCAGAAGAUUACCGAUAAAGUGUACCAAAAGUUGAAGACAUUUUGGAGCCGAACACCUAUUGAAGAAUACUUGAAUUUAUUGAGACAAUUGUCUGUCAAUAGUGCCAACACUGAUCCAUCCAUUGCACUUCAUUUGGCUAUUCUCUGGGAUUUUAUUAUCAAAUAUUUAUCUGAAUUAAAAUCAAAUGAUUUGAUUGCUAAACAUAAGUCUAUAUUCAGUGAACUGUUUCUUAAGCAAAUAAUUGGAAGUAAAACAAAAUUGUCCGAUCAGUUGAUUGCAAAUGGAUUUAGAUAUCAAUUGAAACAAAUAACUCACGAAGAUUUUAGCAAAUCGUUUUGGCCAUCAAUUCAAAAGGCUGUUCUUCGCAAUGCAGAAGUUGUUUUGAAUUUAGUUUCUGUUAUUUUCAAAGGACUUUCACUUGAUUUGAGUCCAUACGCCAUAGAUAUUGGAAAACUAUUGGCCACACAAUUGCAUUCAAAAGAUGAUACUCUUCGUCUGGAAGCUAUCUCUGCCACCAAAUAUUUGGCUCAACAAUGCUCUAACUCAUCGGCCAUUGAAGGACUUCUCAAACAUUACUUUGCAGUUCUUAAUGGUAGUGAAGGAAAGCUUACUAUUGCUGUCCAACGAUUUGGUGUUGUGUCCGGUAUUGGAUCACUUAGUUAUCAUUCAGUCAGCGGUGAAGCUCAACAUCUGAGCGAACUGGCGAUGGAAUCCUUUGUAACAGUUCUCAAACAAGAAGUACACGAACCGACAAUCAUUCACAUGACAGCCCAACUUCAACUUUGGUGUCAACGAUUAGUUACCGAAAUACCAAAACUGUUUAUCGAUUGGUUUAAAGCAUUGCAAACAUUGAAGACAUCGACUGCUAACGUCAAGAGUGCAUACAUUUUAUGUCUUAGUUCUGCGUUUAAGCAAAACAUGUCAGAACAGGGCAACGAUGUGCUAACUAUUCUUACAAAUUCGGCUCAAAAGUCAUUUACGUCAACCGUUUCCCAAUUGCCGAACCUUACGGAAGGUUUGUAUGCUAUUUGUUUACUACAAAAACUGUUUACUUUUAACAAACAGUAUGAAACAAAAGUGAAGACAUUGUUUAAUCAGAUGUUUGAAACAAAAAAGUUUGUUUUUCUGACCGACAAAUUCAUAAACGUUGCGAACGAAGAAUCGCUGCAGACUUUGAUUUUAUUUAUUGAUAGUCUUGUCUUUAAUUACGAAACAAAACUUGACUCUAAAAUGGAUCCAAUUAAUAAAGCACUUCUGCUUUUGAUGACACAUCCAAUUUCUUAUUCGGUACGCAAACAAGCUCUGACCACUACCAAGAAGUUGGCCACCAAUUCGAUAAACGACAAGUUUAUCAUUGAUCUACUCAAACAAUAUUAUCAAUUGUUCAAAGACUUGAAAGAUGUUCAAUCAGACAGUAAGCAACAAACCGGUGAUGAGAACCAACAGAACUCUGAUGUGACAAAACAGCCGACUGUUUCAGCACUUAUUGAAUGUCAUAAUUCAUUACUCACUUACUAUAGCGAUGAUCACAAUCUAAAACAAAUACUUUUAGUUGCUUUAUAUUCUUCACAUAUAAAUCCAAUUUUUAAGACAAAUUCAAAUCUUUGGUGCAAUUUAUUACAUAAGAGAAUUGAUGCAAAAUCUGUGGACAAAUAUUUUAAAGAAAAUACAGACACUAUUGUUCAUACAGUUCUUCGAGAGAUUGAUGACAAUUGUGUUAAGAGUAACGCUAUUUCAGCGUUGGUACGCAUAGCUCCCCAUCAAUUUAUACCGAUAUUUCUGGAAAAAGCGGUCAACACAUUGUCAUUACCCGACUUUAAGAUAAUCACUCAAAUGGAUUAUGAAAUAUAUUUGACACCCGAAGGUGAACUUUAUGACAAGUCAAUGGUAGACACAAUGCAAAAUGAUUUUCAGAAUAAUAAAAAUGUCAAACGAGAGUCUAAAUUAUAUUCAUAUAAAGACCAAAUGGAAGAAAUAGAGCUAAGAAAGGAAUUGGAGGCGAAAAAGAAAGCUCAGGGAGACAUCAAAGGACCACAACUGUCCAAAAAACAACUAGAAAUGAAAGAACAACAGCUUGAAAAAGAGGCACAAAUUAGGGCCAAAAUUCAAUCAAAUUUCAAUGAAUUCAAUACAGCUAUUGAUUUGAUCGAUACUAUUGCCAACAGUAAUCCAAAAGACUUAUCAAUUUAUAUAAAUGAUGUAUUGUUUGCAUUGAUUAACUUAUUUGCGUCACCUCUUUGUACACAAAUUGCCACAAAACUGUUUACUGAUUUACGAAAAGCACUAUUCAAUCAAAAAGAUUACGAUCUUAAGAAAUUUGGUGACUCGUUAGCUUUCAUUACAUUAAGACAAUUGAAGCCAUUGUGUCCAAUUGAUGACAACUGGAUGGCCGGAGUACUCGAUGAACGCGUUGACAAUCUGAUGACACAAUUAUAUAAGCGCACCUGUCGUCCAACCGGUCGAGACUAUGACGAAAAGACAGCACAAUUGGCUAUUAAGUUACGAUUAACUGCACCCGCCUUUGCAUAUAGUUUUCCAUUAAUUCAAUCACUUCUAUUAAGUCCCGAUACUUCUGAAGAGUUACUGCUUCAUUGUCUUCAGAUAGUAUCAGAACACUCGCAGAUGAGAUUCACUUUCCAUUUGGAUGACGACGAGAUGGAGAUCUUGAAGGAUCCCCGAUAUUUGCCCAUUAAGUACAUGUUUUUAACUAUACUUAAAGUGAUAGCUAAAAGUCCUAUUCAUAUCGAGCAAAAUGCUUCCAAAGUGCUCACUGACAUUGCAAUGGCUGCAAGUGGAGGAAAGGGAUGCGCGAAAGCGUCAUUUGAUGAGGUGAUGACACUACUGGAAGCGCUGAAAAGCAGCAGUGAAGUUGUCCGCAGUUCAGCACUUUCAGCUCUUGAAGUUCUUACAGAUAAUGUUUUAGUUAAUAUUAAUGAUGAAAAGCAGAGAUUCAUUUUAAUGCACCGUAUAUUUGUGGCACAGUUUGAUCCCAAUGAAAGUUGUUCAACAAGUGCUCAAAAACUAUUUGGUGACUGUUGUUUGAGAACAAGAGUCUCACUUAGCGAUGCCUUAAUUGAUGAUAUUGUUAGUGGAAACUCUGUUAUUAGACAUUCAGUUGCCGGAGCUAUGGAAGCAUUGUUGUCUGAAUUUCCCGAAGAGUCGUUAAAAGUGAUUAAAAAUUUAAUAAAUCUUUACAAAGAAAAAGCAAAAGUGUUGCCACCGUUAGUGGACAGCUUUGGAAGAACACUGGCCAACAGUCAAGUAGAUAUAUAUGAGCCGCGAUUAGGUGUGGCUCUAUUGUUAACACAAAUUGCGCCAUUGAUUCCUAACGAAGCUAUUAAAGAAAUCGCUCAUUUCUUUAUUCCCGAAGCACUCGGAGAUCGCAAUGAGAGCGUUCAAACUCAGAUGUUAGAGGCUGGCUGUGCUCUGGUCAACCUUCACGGCAAAGAUAAUAUUACUUUAUUGCUUAAUGUCUUCGAGAAGUUUUUAGAUGAAGCGGCCAAUACUUCUGACAAUGACGUUGUCAGACGUAGUGUUGUAGUCUUAAUGGGAACACUUGCCCGACAUAUAGAUAAAGACAAUCCAAAAGUUAAGCCAAUUGUAGCCAAACUAAUUGAAGCACUUUCGACGCCCUCUCAGAUGGUUCAGGAGGCAGUUGCCAACUGUUUGCCGUAUUUGAUCCCAGCGUUCAAAGAAGAAGCACCUUCUUUAUUGCAAAAAUUACUUCAAUUACUUCUAGAAUCUGAAAGUUAUGGCGAACGUAAAGGCGCUGCUUAUGGUAUCGCAGGUAUUAUCAAAGGGUUGGGUAUUUUGUCGUUAAAACAGUUGGGAAUUAUGGAUACACUAACCGAAGCCAUACAGGAUAAGAAAAACCCUAACCAUAGAGAGGGAGCAUUGUUUGCAUUUGAGAUGUUAUGUUCAAUGUUGGGUCGACUCUUUGAGCCCUAUAUCGUACACAUAUUGCCACAUCUACUUCUUUGUUUUGGUGACACCAGUACUCGUGUCAGACAAGCAACAGACGAUACAUCUAAACAAGUGAUGUCUAAGUUGAGUGCACACGGAGUUAAACUUGUGUUGCCAUCACUUUUGAAUGCACUGGAAGAGGACUCGUGGCGAACAAAAGCCGGUUCUAUUGAACUGUUGGGUGCAAUGGCUUUUUGUGCGCCCAAACAAUUAUCAUCGUGUUUGCCAUCGAUUGUACCAAAAUUAAUGAUUGUUAUAUCUGAUUCACAUCCAAAAGUUCAGAAUACAGCUGCUCAAGCACUUAAACAAAUUGGUUCAGUUAUCAGAAAUCCAGAAAUUCAGGCCAUUGUUCCGGUUCUAUUGGAAGCACUUCAAGAUCCGGCAAACAAGACAUCCAAGUGUUUGAAUACUAUGCUUAACACAAAAUUUGUUCACUUUAUAGACGCGCCUUCACUCGCUCUUAUUAUGCCAGUUGUCGAGCGAGCAUUUCAGGGUCGGUCAACAGAGACCCGUAAAAUGGCCGCUCAGAUUAUCGGCAAUAUGUAUGCAUUGACCGAUCAAAAAGAUUUAUCACCUUAUUUGCCAUCAAUCAUACCUGGACUCAAACAAUCACUUCUAGAUCCAGUCCCAGAAGUUAGAGGUGUUACUGCACGAGCACUGGGAGCUAUGGUUAAGGGCAUGGGUGAAGAUAUCUUUGAUGAUUUGAUGCCAUGGCUAAUGUCUACAUUAACAUCCGAGACGAGUUCAGUUGAUAGAUCCGGUGCCGCUCAAGGAUUAAGUGAAGUAAUGGGUGGUCUGGGACUCGAAAGACUUGAAAAGUUUAUACCGGAAAUUAUUGAAACAUCUGAACGAAUUGAUAUCGCACCGCAUGUUAAGGACGGGUAUAUUAUGCUAUUUAUAUACUUACCAAUGGUUUUCACUCAAGACUUUACAAUAUAUAUCGGACGCAUAAUCAAUCCGGUACUCAAAGCUUUGGCAGAUGAAAAUGAAUUUGUUAGAGAAACAGCUCUUAGAGCGGGUCAACGUAUAGUCAACAUGUAUGCCGAAACUGCCAUUCAAUUAUUACUGCCCGAACUCGAGGCCGGGCUUUUCGAUGAAAAUUGGAGAAUCCGAUUCAGUUCUGUCCAGUUAUUGGGUGAUCUCUUGUUUAAGAUCUCUGGUGUCACGGGAAAGAUGACUACUGAAACAGCCGAUGAAGACGAUAACUUUGGUACUGAACAAUCACAUCGUGCUAUUAUGUAUGCAUUGGGAGGAAAUCGACGAAAUAGAGUACUUUCUGGUUUAUAUAUGGGCCGAUCGGAUGUCUCACUACAGGUACGUCAGGCGGCUCUACACGUAUGGAAAGUUGUGGUUACAAACACUCCGCGAACACUUAAGGAAAUACUUCCGACUUUAUUCUCUCUUUUAUUGGGAUGUUUGGCCUCCAAUAGCACUGAUAAGCAAACAGUGGCCGGACGUACUCUCGGAGACUUAGUUCGCAAAUUAGGAGAACGUAUUCUUCCUGAAAUUAUUCCCAUUUUAGAACAGGGACUCGAAUCAGAUCGAUCUGAUCAAAGACAGGGCGUUUGUAUUGGUCUGAGCGAAAUCAUGGCCUCCACUUCUAAAGAAAUGGUUCAGGCAUUUGUCGACUCAUUGGUACCAACAGUUAAGAAAGCACUCUGUGAUCCCUUACCCGAAGUACGACAGGCGGCUGCCAAAACAUUUGAUAGUUUACAUUCUGCGGUUGGGGUUAGAGCUCUGGAAGAAAUAUUGCCUGCACUUCUUCACCAAUUGGGUGAUCCAGAAAAAGGAGAGUUUAUUUUAGAUGGUUUACGACAAGUGAUGGCUAUUAAGAGUAGAGUUGUUUUGCCUUAUUUAGUGCCUCAAUUAACCGUUGCGCCCGUCAACACACGUGCUCUGUCAUUCCUGUCCACUGUUGCCGGCGAUUCACUAUCGAAACAUUUACCGAAAAUACUUCCGGCACUUCUAUUAGCCUUAAGUAAUGCGAUCGACACACCAAACGAGAAACAGGAAUUUGAUUACUGCCAAUCAGUAAUACUAUCGGUUAACGAUGAAUUGGGUGCCCGAACUAUUGUUGACCACCUCUUGGAAUCGGCACGUAAUGAGUCGUCAACCAUAAGACGAUCAUCAGUACUGUUACUAUACGCUUACUGUAGUUCACCGAAAGCCAACAUAUCGGCCAAUACUUCACAAUUGAUUCGCGGAUUGAUUUUGUUAUUUACCGAUUCAAACGAACAGGUAUUAAAUCAAAGUUGGGAGGCAUUGAAUGCUAUUACAAAAGCUCUGGAGAGUAAAGAACAGAUGGAAUACGUCCAAGAAGUUAGACAAGCUGUCCGACAUGCAGUCAGUGGUCUUAAAAAUGCUAAUAACGGAACCAAUCAAUUACUGUUACCGGGAUUUUGUUUAGCUAAAGGAAUAGCACCGAUACUACCGAUAUUUAGAGAAGCAAUACUUAAUGGUAAUCCCGAACAAAAAGAACAGGCGGCCAAUGGAUUGAGUGAAGUAAUUGAACUGACCAGUGCUGAAGCAUUAAAGCCAUCGGUGGUCAAUAUUGCCGGUCCUUUAAUUCGUAUUUUGGGCGAUCGUUUCACUUGGAAUGUAAAAGUGGCUGUUUUGAACACAUUGUCUCUUUUGUUAAGUAAAGUCGGUGUUCUUUUGCGACCAUUUAUACCACAAUUGCAGCAAACUUUUCUCAAAGCACUUAGCGAUGGUCACCGAAGUGUGCGCUUAAAAGCUGCCAACGCGUUGAGUCAAUUAAUUAUUGUUCACAACAGAUGCGAUCCUGUGUUCACUGAAUUACAUAAUGUGAUUAAAAGCAGUGGCAGUAGUGAUGACUGGGCUAUGAAAGAUACGACACUUCAUGCUUUGAGACUCUGUAUUACACCAGCCGGCGAUAAAAUGUCUGAUACAGUGCGCCGACAGUUAACCGCAACCAUUAUAUCACAAUUAGGAUUACCAGAUGAUUCGUGUCGCUCGACUGCUGCCUCUUGUUUGGGAGUGUUGUGUGCGUGGCUACCAAACGAUGAGCUUAACUCCAUAGCCAAAGAGCACUUACUCGACGACGAUAUGACUGUUGACUGGACUUUACGUCACGGAAGGUCUGUAGCCCUGAGGAUAGCAUUGAAAGAAGCGUUCAAUCGAUUGGUGAAAGACGAAUGGAUCGAUAGGAUAUCUAAAACACUUCUUGCGUUUAUGACAUCAGACAGAGUUCCCAUAGUUAUCAAUGGCAUCAAAGGUUCGGCGUAUCUCAUCAAAGAAUAUUUAGCCAAAUCGGAAGUUCCGCCGCAAACUAUUGUCACAGCAUUUGCGAGAGGUAUGAAUCACAGCAGUAAUGAAGUGAAGCAAACUGUGGCCUCUUCGACAAUAUUUAUUGCCAAAUGUUCGACGCCAUCGUCAAUACCGGUCAUACUUUUCAAAUCAUUGAUUCCACUUCUGGUCAACGGAACAAAAGAGAAGAACACGAUUGUUAGGGCCAACUCAGAGCACGCAUUGGUGGCAUUUCUUCGGUUAAGAUCAGGCGAUGAAGUGCUUCAGUCAUGUAUGGCUGCACUCGAUUCCGGUGCCGUUGAGUCGCUUCAGGACUGUAUCAAUAAGACAUUGAAGAAAGUGGCGCAACAACAGCACGAACCUAAAGAAGAAGAAUUUGACGACACUUUGCUUACAUAAAGUGAUAAUUUUUAUAUUAAUAUUAAAAAACAAUUGACAAAUAAUUUAAAUUUUUUUAAAAAUAACGUUUUUCUUGUUAUUUUCAUUUAAAAUGAUUGAAAAAAUUAUAAAAUUUGAUAUAUAUAUAAAUUUAAAAUAAACUAAUAU